AUGAGCUACGCCUACUCAAGCGCUCCCUUCCGUCCCGCCCGUCGCGAUUCCAUCUCUUCACCAUCCACCAUCCUCGUCCAAAUACAAAACGGACUCCCGCCAUGGGCGCAGCAAUGGAUUGCGAAACUACGCGCGGGACCGCGGGCAGGGAGACAGACGAGUCCGCGUGAAUGGAAAGCUAUGGGACGGCUUACGAUUAGACGGGUGGUUACGAUUGCGAAUGCGUUGAUUUUGUUUUGGGUGUGGACGUUGUGGUGGGGUGAGCGGACGGUGUUUCAGGAGAGUUUGGAGGGAUGUGGUUGGGGGGAGUGGGAAAAGUGGCCAUCGCAUGCUACUCCUCAUCAUGUCGCCUUCGUCGCCGAUCCGCAAUUAGUCGACCCCCAUACGUAUCCCGGACGGCCAUGGCCGCUGUCGACUCUGACGGUGAAGUUUACGGAUCAGUACCUGCGGCGGUCAUUUUCGUUGAUUCAGAGAAAUUUCGGGCCCGAUUCGGUAUUGUUCCUAGGUGAUCUGUUCGAUGGCGGGAGAGAAUGGGCGACGGGGACGACAUCUAGCCCCGAUGAGCGCUACAGGAAAUACAAGGAUUCGUUUUGGAAGAAAGAGUACAGUCGCUUUGGUCGAAUAUUCUCAGACCAGUUUAAAGAGGGGGAUGCACUCUCGCGGGAUCCGCUUGGUCGACGGAUGAUUGCUAGUUUGCCUGGGAAUCAUGAUCUGGGGUUUGGAUCGGGGAUCCAGAUCCCUGUUCGGGAUCGGUUUCAGACGUUCUUUGGGAAGGGGAAUCGGGUGGAUGUGCUGGGGAAUCAUACGUUUGUGUCGGUUGAUACGGUUUCUCUGAGUGCGAUGGAUCAACCGGAUCCGCAGACUGGCAGCACGGGUGCUGGUUCGGGGGAUGGCAAGUCGCCUAAUGAAGCCAUUUGGAAGGAAGCGGAGGAGUUUCUGGACCAGAUGAAUGUGCACAGGGCGAAGGCAGAGACACACGAGCUGAAGUCGCUCCGGAGCCAGACCGAGGGAUAUCAAUUCAACCAUGCUGCUGUGGAAAUCAAUGAGCCCUCGCAUGGUCAACUCCCGCAGUCGGAGACGGUUGGACUUCCAGCUAUCCUUCUCACACAUGUUCCCUUGUAUCGCAAGGCGGCUACACCAUGUGGACCGUAUCGGGAACAUUACCCGCCGUCAUCGAGUGACGAGGAACUCCAAGAAGACGAGCAGAACUCGCUGAAGAUCGGCGGCGGCUACCAGUACCAGAACGUCCUUACGCAGACCAUCUCCAACGACCUGGUAUCUAAAGUCGGAUCUAACCUCGUGCACGUCUACUCCGGUGAUGACCACGACUAUUGCGAGGUCGUGCACCGCGAAUUCAGCGGCUCGCCCAAGGAGAUCACAGUGAAGAGUCUGUCAUGGGCAAUGGGCGUUCGACGACCAGGUUUCGUCCUCACGAGUCUCUGGAACCCAAUCGACCCUGCCACGGGCAAGUCCCUCGAGAAUGUCUCACCCACUCUACAAAACCAUCUAUGCCUCCUCCCGGACCAAUUAUCAAUCUUCAUCUACUACGGACUGACCUUGGCAUUAACGUUGGUCAUCCUCCUCGCACGAGCAGUCGUGGUAACCAUUUAUCCCUCCCAAUCAACCACAGCCGACGCCGGCCCAAUGCUCCCCCUCACCGAAGUCCAACGCCAUAUCCCGACAUCCAGUAUAUCCAGCUCCACCACCUUCGCACCGCGCGGUCUAGCCAGCCGCGGCUCGAACUUCAAUUCUAGAUCCUUUGAAUACUACCCGGAGAAAGGUCGCCAGAGGAGUCCGACCAAGGGCACGUAUUCUGGGCAAGGAUAUGGACAGCAGCCGGGGAAUGGACAUGGGAAGGGUUUAGUAGGUACUGUGGGGGGGAAGCUUUGGGGUGAGGUGUGGUUUGUUGCAAAGGUUGUGUUGUCGUGGUAUAUAUUUUUGAUAUGGAGGUGGUAG